AUGGUCACUCUUGGGUUCUACACAUCUCAUACGCAGUCAAGGAGACGCAGGAAAGAACGGUCACGACCGGGCCGAACAUGUACGCAGGGCACCCCCCAGUCGGUCCCACAGACUCGGGUGCGAACCAAGGAGGCAAGCGUAAGCCUAGCUCUACUUUUAAAUGAUACAUUGGUUUUAUUGGAAGGAUGGGGUUUGACCCGUGAAGGUCAGAGGGUAUGCUGCACAAGUCGGUAG